AACUCAAGUCGCAUUAGUUAUCCCUAGUUGUGAAUAUUUUGUUUGUUUUGCAAAACAAAAAGAAUUAUAAAUAAAAACCUGGCUAACUUAAGUGCGUGUUCGGUGUGUUUUGUUUAUAUGCCCUUGUGGCAGAAAAUUAAAUAAUAUAAAAUGAGUGUUAUGGUGGAAGAAUUACAAAUUUGAUUUUAUUGCUCAUCGAAGGUGUGUUAGUUGUGUGGGUGUUAUGAAUAAGUUAGAAGAAUUAAAUUUGUGAAGCAACCUCUCUGGAAUAAACAUAGAACUACUGCCGGUUAUUGAGAGCCACUUACACUCUCAUCAAUGUUGUGACUGAAGAAACAAAACACACCGAGCGAACCAUAUCAGUUGUAUAAGUGAGCACGACCGUAAGAUAGUCUCCCAUUCCGCAGUUAACGGUCAUUGUAAACACAUCUCGCCCAACACUUUGUCGGUCACCGGUUAAUUUAUUCGUGGCUACGUUUUAAAGUUUUAUGCCGCGUUUUAACGGAACGGGUUUGUUGCUUGCCAGUGGUGAUCAUCGUCGUCGUCGACAAAUAAUUCGUCCAAAAUUACGCCACUAUCGACGCGAAGAAGUCUUUUUAAACGUAACAUAAUGGGUCUACGUUUCCAGCAACUCAAGAAGCUAUGGCUAUUGUAUCUCUUCCUGUUGUUUUUCGCCUUCUUCAUGUUUGCCUUCAGCAUCAACUUGUAUGUGACGAGUAUGCAGUCGAUUAACCAGGAACAGUUACAGCCGAAGCCACCGCCAAAAAGACGUUCUGUUUGGCCCAUAAAAAAUGUUGUGGCGCACUAUAUAGGCAAAGGUGAUAUAUUUGGCAAUAUGACCGCUGACGACUACAACAUUAAUCUCUUCAAUCCGAUAUCUGGCGAAGGUGCCGAAGGUCGACCAGUAAUUAUACCGUCGAGGGAUCGUUUCCGCAUGCAACGUUUCUUCAGGCUGAAUAGCUUCAACGUCUUGGCCAGUGACCGAAUACCAUUGAAUCGGACACUUAAAGAUUACCGAACAAAAGAAUGCCGCGAUGAAACAUAUAAUAUGGACGAGAUGCCAACGGCAUCAGUAAUAAUAGUAUUCCACAAUGAAGCUUGGUCAGUGCUGCUGCGAACAAUAACAAGUGUUAUCAAUCGUACACCGCGAAGAGUUCUGAAGGAAAUUAUUUUGGUUGAUGAUGCUAGCGACAGAAGUUAUUUGAAAAAGCAAUUGGAAAGUUAUGUUAAAGUAUUGUCGGUACCGACGCGCAUUUAUCGCAUGGCCGAACGUGGAGGACUUGUGCCAGCCCGAUUGAUGGGUGCCAAACAUGCUCGCGGUGAUGUCCUCACCUUCCUCGAUGCACACUGUGAAUGUUCGAGAGGUUGGAUAGAACCGUUAUUGCAUCGCAUAAAAGAAUCACGUACCACCGUUAUUUGUCCCGUUAUCGACAUUAUAUCCGAUGACAAUUUUAGUUAUACCAAAACCUUUGAAAAUCACUGGGGUGCAUUCAAUUGGCAGUUGAGUUUUCGUUGGUUUGCCACGGAUCGUCCUUCGCUGAGGAAACAUCCCACCAAGCCCAUAAUGACACCUGGCAUGGCGGGUGGUCUAUUUGCCAUAGAUCGUAAAUACUUUUACGAAGUUGGAGCCUACGAUGAAGAAAUGAAGAUUUGGGGUGGUGAAAAUGUGGAAAUGUCCUUCCGCAUAUGGCAAUGUGGUGGCAGCAUUGAAAUUAGUCCCUGCUCCCAUGUGGGUCAUGUAUUCCGUAGCAGUACCCCAUACACUUUCCCCGGUGGCAUGAGUGAAGUUCUGGGACAAAACUUAGCCCGUGCUGCUAUGGUCUGGAUGGAUGAAUGGCAAUAUUUUACUCUGCUUUAUACCGAUGGUCUUUCCAUGGCUACGCGCCAAAAAGUCGAUGUCACCAAACGCCUGGCUUUAAGAGAAAAACUCCAGUGUAAACCAUUCUCAUGGUAUUUAAACACUGUAUGGCCAGAUCAUUUCUUCCCCGCUCCCGAUCGAUUCUUUGGCAAAAUCAUUUGGCUAGAUGGCGAAACUGAAUGUGCUCAGGCAUUCUCGAAGUACAUGAAAAAUAUCCCCGGUCGCCGGAUUUCUCGUGAAUGGCCACGGGUAUUUGACGAGAUUGAAAAUAAUGCCGAAGAAUUUAUGUCACUCAUCGAUUUGGAUAGAGAUAAGUGUUUGAGGCCGGCUAAAGAAGAUGCUCCCCGCCAAACGGCACAGCCGGUAACAGUCGGUGACUGCAAUGCACAUUCGCAAACAAUGGAUAUUUUUGUAAUAACACCAACGGGCAAGAUAAUGACAAACAAUAAUGUUUGUUUGACAUAUAGCGAGCCGAAACAGAGCACAAUAAAGAUGUUGAAGAAUCGUAAUGCAACCACAUCGAAUGUCCAGUUGGCAUUGUGUGCACAUGAUUCACGUCAAUUAUGGGAUUACGAUAUGGAUACUCAACAUAUCACUCACAGAGAAAACAAAUUAUGCCUAACACUGAAAUCUGCUCAGUCAGCACGAACCCACAAAUCCGAAAAGGUUGUAUUGGCCAUCGAAUGUGAUUUUAAGGACAUAACCCAAAAAUGGGGUCUUAUACCACUGCCAUGGAAAAUGUAAGAACCUCAAUGGGUGGAAACAGAAAAUAGAAACUAAACCUUUGUAAAUAAGUAUAGAUGCAAAUGAAUUUUAGAAACAAAUGCAAUUAAUUAUUGUGCAAUUAGAGAAUAGAUACUUUUUAUAUUUUUAAGUAAUACCAUUAUCCCACAACACUUAUUCAAAUUUUGAAACACCGACGAAUACUAAAUGUGAUAUUUUUUAAUUUGAAUUUUUUACAUAAAUAGAAUGUACUAAACAAUGUGAAUGAUUGAUCGAAAAUUUAAAUCAUCUGUCAAAAAAGGCAAUUUCAUAAAAUUAGUGAAUAAUUUCCACCGUCGUCGUACUUAUGUGAAUACGAAAAAGUAAAAAAUUAAAUAAACAAGUAGAAAAAAAUAAUCAAUACAAUAACUAAUUUUAAUAAAAAUAUCAAAAGUUUUUAACAAACAACAUUUUCAAUUAUUUACAAAAAAAUAUCCUUUUAACAACGAUAAAUAAAUUAUCACAAUCAAUCAAUUCUAGUUCCUCUAUAACAAACGUGAAUCCAUAUAUUAUUUAUUGCAAUCAUUUAAUUUUUAAAUCUAACACGUGGGCUUAGAAAUCUGGACGAUUUAUUUCCUUUCAGUUAAUUUUCUCAGCUUAUGUGUUCGGACUACAUUCUUAUUAGUUAAUCAGGAACUUUUCAUGAAUGUUGUUCAGAUUAUAAAUUUGAAGAAAUCGCUUGAAAUUGUCUUUUUCCUUAAAAAAUGCCCAUCUGAAAAUUGCUUAGUUUUAAUAUUAAUUCAAACUAUUUUUAGUAAAUAGUUUUUUUAUACUAUUCGAAACUAUGUAAUAAAAAUUCCUUUUAAGUAUAACAUCCUAAACUUAAGUUGUAUUUUAUAAUUUAAUAAAUAAAAAGUCUAAUGAACUCAAUAA